CCGGGUAAAUAUGUAAAUUCUAAAUAUGAAAAUCCUAUAAUAUUAUGACCUUCGACCCUUAAAGCGUAUCAAAUUGUAUUUUCUAUUCCGCUCUCUGGCUCUGAUCUUUGUGGGUCUAGUUCUCUUUUUCCAGUUUUCCGUUGACCUGUCGUUUUCAAUCGUUUGAAAUUUUUGUAGAUUUGAGUUAUCACUUAGGGUACUAUGGCUUCGGCAGUUCAACCUCAGCCUGCACAGGCUCCAACAGUAAACGGAAAUGGCGGUAUGAAGUUGACAGACACUAAACGAGGUAAAGUCCUUCUGGGACAACUUUCAUCUGAUUUUUUGAGAAUAAAAACCGCUGUUUCAACAGGACAAUCAAGGAACGACGCAACCCUGGCACAGCAAAUGGCGUUACAGCAGCAACAAAUGCUGACACAAACUGCUGUUGCAGGAACUGCAACCAGAUUGAAUUUAACCUUAGUUGAAGCAAAAUUAAAUAAGAAUUAUGGUGUUACAAGAAUGGAUCCAUACUGCCGUGUUAUUGUGGGACAUGCAGUUUAUGAAACUGCAACAGCACAAAAUGGCGCAAAGCUUCCAUAUUGGAAUAAAACUAUUUCAACUACGGUGGCACAGGAUUUAAAACAUAUCAAGAUAGAAAUUUACGAUGAAAGAGCCUUUUCUAUUGAUAACAGAAUAGCGUGGGGUAAAAUUGACAUUUCGGACGCGAUAAAAAGUGGGAAAUCUGAAGAUGAUUGGUGGCCGUUAAGCGGAAAACUUGGCGACGAAAAGGAAGGAAUGAUACAUUUACAAAUUUCAUGGUCCAAAGUUCAGCAACCAAUUAUAUACAACGCUCCAAUGCCGAUGAUGUUCCCACACGUCUAUAAUCCUGCUGGUGUACCUAUGAUGAUGCCCGCGGCAGCAGGUGGGUACAUGGUGCCACCUGGUGUCCAAGUCGGGGGUAUGUAUCCACCAAGUCAGCCGCAAACACAAAUUCAGCAACCCGCGAUCACAGAACAAGAUCUCAAACAAGUUAAAGAAAUGUUUCCAAACGUGGAAGAUAGCGUGAUUAAAGCAGUUCUAGAAGCAAGUGGAGGAAAUAAGGAUGCAGCUAUUAAUUCUCUAUUAAAUAUGCAGUAAUAAGUUUGGUUUAAAAAAUAGGAAUGUAACAUGAUGUAAUAUACU